AUGGGCAAACGAAUCAUCGUCACCGGUGGCUCCGGAAAGGCUGGGCAACAUGUCAUCGCCUAUCUUCUUGAGAAAGGGCAUGAUGUUCUCAAUCUCGAUUUGAUUCCUUUAUCAGGCGAACUCGCAAACCGUGUUCAUACCAUGCGCGUCGAUUUGACAGACAGUGGUCAAGUCUAUAGUGCAUUUACCUCGCAUUUUCAUCUAACGGAACCCUUCCGUGAGCCACUGCGUCUUCUUCCCGACGCAGUAAUCCAUCUGGCUGGUUACUCUCGCAAUAUGAUUGCUCCUGACAACGAGACUUUCCGCGGAAAUACAUUGUCAACCUACAAUGUAAUCGAAGCUGCGUCUCGACUCAAUAUCAAGAAGAUCAUCACUGCCAGCUCUAUUACUGUCUACGGCGUGAGCUAUGCCGAAGGGGACGUUGAGUUUCCAUCGUAUCCGGUGGAUGAAGAGGUCGAUGCCAACCCGAUGGAUACAUAUGCUAUUUCCAAGGUCUGCGGCGAGCGCGUUGCCCGCGGCUUUGCUCGUCGAUUCGGAAACGAUAUCUAUGUGCUUCGCAUUGGCAGGGUGGUCGCACCCGAAGAAUACAAGGAGUGGAUGUUUGAUGAUUAUGUCAAGAAUCCUGAUGCGUGGGCACCACAUGCUUGGUCGUACAUUGACACGCGAGACCUUGGACAGAUGUGCGAUCUCGCUGUACAGAAGGAUGGGCUGGGCUUUCAGAUAUUCAACGCCGUGAACGAUGAGAUUACUAACUACAGCACCUCAUCGACUGAGUUCCUCAAACGAGUCUCUCCGAAUGUACCCUUCACCGAGGAAAUGGGACCUCGUGAUGCCCCGAUAUCCAACAAAAAGAUCAAGGAGAUGCUCGGAUUCCGCCAGAAUCAUCCUUGGCAGAUGCAUUACGAAAAGGUCUCUGAGUGA